AUGUUGCACCUUAUUCGGUCCUUAACGUCUCAGCAUCAGCUCUUUGCUCGCCCCAUUACCGCAUCCCGGUUGUUUUUCAUGACCCUGCAGGCCGCCAAAGCGCCGCUCACGAGCCUCAACAAUGCUGCUGCCCUAGCAGAUCUGAACCUCAAUGGGUCACUGGAGGAAAUUGCAGCCCGUCACUUUUCCGAGCCUUCGAUCUUUCCUGAGCUUACGCCAAUGGAAGACACGCUGCUGUAUGAGGCGGUGGUGCGGAUCAAGAUGCCAAAACAUUUCACGGAUGCUCAUACAAUGGCGGCGAAGGAGUUGACACUUAAGAUGCAGCCGUACUUUUGCGAGCCAUCGGACUUUCCCGAGUAUACCGUAGUGGAAGAAGAAAUCAUGCUGCAAGCGCGCAACUAA